AUGGCCUCCUCUCCCAUUGCCGGACUCCUAUCUCCCACACGAACUAACAGACGGAAGGAAAGGAGAAACCCAUCAGUGACACCGAGACGAUUUGGACGGUUCUUCACUCCUCGUUCCCAGGAACUAAGAGGCAGGCGGAUAUUGGCCACCCUGGAUACCGCGGCUACCAACCAGCAACCACUCUCGUUAGCCAGCGAUCCUUUAAACCCGGAUAUCAUCUUGUCCUCUCCCUCAAAGAGCCCUAGGUCGAUAAGAGCCGCAGACAAUGAGGGAAGCCUCGAGGAGUCUUUGGUCGAGGAGAGGUCGAGGCCAACUAGCAGGGAGGUUCAGCUCCCACGGAUCACAUUCGAUAUCGGGGACACUACACAACCUGGACAGGACGUCCUGGGAGAUUGGCGCAAGGCAACUUUGGAUGUCCUCGAGACACAUGAACCUAUUCCCAUCAAGAAGUUCGCCAACAUGGGCUUCGGUGCCCAAAUGCUCGAGCGUGAGCAUGGGUUCGCCAUGGACACAGGCAAACAGUAUCUAGCGUACCCGGCAUGGGAUGAGAGGGCUGAAACUGCAAACUUCUGCAGCACGAAUGCCGACUGGUAUGCAAAUGAGUCUCUGGUGCAGGGACAAGGAAACCCUCUGCCCUUCUGCCUGGCCAGCUGCAGCAAAUCACCCGUUACAGCCAUUGGCGAUGAGCAAGGAUAUGUACGCCUCUUUAGAACAGACGACGGCCACGACCGGCAGGACAAAGUAUACGAGACACUACUCAUGCACGAUAAUGCCGUCAUCGACGUCGCCUUUUCACAGGACGACAUGCGCCUCGCUACCGCCGCCGGUGACAGAACAUGCGGAAUUGUUGAUGUCACAACCAUGAAGGUCGCUGUUACUCUUGCAAGCCAUCACAAGAGCUCUCUGCGGCAGGUCGCAUUCCAGCCAGGACAGGGAAAUGGUGAUGUUUUGGCCACAAGCGAUCGUGAUGGCACCAUUGCUAUCUGGGACCUUAGGUGCAGUCAGCUGCCCGCGAGGGCCUUUUCUUCAACUGUCAAUGAUUCUUCAACGCGGCGGCGAGUCUACCCACGAGACGAUUCUCUCGAUGCGGUCCACGGAGUUGCCAGCAACGUGAUCCCCGCAGCCCACUCUCGCCUGACUGAAGGCAGAUUUACCCCAGCCUCGCUCACAGCCAUCCAUUGGUUUCCUGAUGGCCGGGAACACCUCCUCCUGUCUGGCUCUGAGGCCAACGCAUCAAUCAAACUCUGGGACACUCGAUACAUCAAACCUGUUAGGGCUCAAUCUACCCCACUCGCUCAAACCGCUGCUCCUCGCCAUCAUACUUUCCGCUCCUAUGGUAUCACCUCGAUCGCCAUGAGUUCUGAUGCUGCUAGGUUCUACGCUGUUUGCCGAGACAGCACAGUUUAUGCAUAUUCGACCGCCCAUCUCAUGCUUGGGGAGGCGCCAGAGCUCGUCUACAACGCCAUCAAGCGUAAGCCCCGUGCUAUUGAGGGCAUCGGGCCUCUCUUUGGUCUCAAGAACGAAUCGUUCAGCGUCGGGACCUUCUUCAUCAAGAGCAAACUUCGCCCUGCCUCUGGUGCUAGCCCAGAGCUUCUCGCCGUUGGCAGCACAUCCGGCUGCCCCAUGCUCUUCUCCACGGAUGAACGCUAUAUGCGGACCGCCUGGGCCGCCAACAGCCACAUUCUAAAGCCCGAUCCCGUCCUGAUUACUCCUUCUCAAUCCUUCACGGCCACAAAUACGCCGGCUUCUCUCACUCCUUCUAAUUGCGAUAUCCCCAUCUACCGCUCCGGUACCCCUCUAGUCCGUGGUCAUGAGCGAGAAGUCACCAACGUCAGCUGGACUCACCAAGGCAGACUGGUGACUGCUUCCGACGACGGGAAUGUCCGUCACUGGCAAGAGGAUGCUGCCAAGGCACGGCAUCUGAGACAAGUGGGUGAUUUUGGCGGUGAGAGAUGGAUGUCUGGCUGGGCCGACGUAGGAGAUGAGUGGGACCUGGACGAUGACGAGAUUUUAUCAUGA